CAUGUCAGUCGUUGACUAGUUGGCGGUGUUAAGAGAAUGAACACACAUUUGAAAUUAUUUAGAAGUAUGAAUUAUUGAUUUUUUCUCCAAUAAAACUAUCCACAAUUUUAUAGGUUUGUUUCAUAUCCGGAAAAUAGUGAGGUAAUACCUAACUUCCUAAGGUCAGGAUUGAGAAUGUUCGAAAGCUGAGUUAGGCCUAAUGAUAAAAAAGGGAUUAAAAAAAAAGUAGGCUUAGCAGGCAUUAGGAUACAAUGAAAAGUGUACAGGUUGUAACUUGUAAUUUGAAGUAGCUUAGUGUUGAGUAACACUGUCAAACCUGUUUCACUAUGAUGCAAGCAUUAAGACCCAGAGACUCGCAUCGAGGAAAUUUAGGAGGAUACCAACUCCAAGAUGAAGAUGAUGAUUCACAGCAAGUUACAUCUUCAGCAUUACAGGGAAUCUCUCGAACAGCUGCAACACAGCAGCAGCGAUUUUUUCACAUGCCCAGAUUUCAGACAAAUUUUCAGAAGCAGCAGAACUAUUUUAAUGUCCAGCAGUUCAAGCAACAUUUACAACAGAUGCAAGGAAUUGAGUUUGAUGGGAAAAGACUUCGAAAAGCUGUUGCCAGAAAAACUGUAGAUUAUAAUAGUUCUAUUCUACAAGCAGUAGAGGCUCGAGUGUGGCAGAGAGACUUUAGGGAUAGAAGAGCUGUGCAGCCAGAUGUAGGGUAUUAUACAGAGCUAAUUCCUCCUGUGAGUAUGAUCGAGAAUCCAAUCAAUGCUGUCACCACCAAAUUUGUGCGUACAUCAACAAAUAAAAUGAGAUGUCCAAUCUUCUGCGUAGCAUGGACUCCAGAAGGACGGCGUUUGGUCACAGGUGCCUCCAGUGGUGAGUUCACGCUCUGGAAUGGCUUAACUUUCAACUUUGAAACUAUUCUUCAGGCUCAUGACUCUCCAGUGAGGUGUAUGAUGUGGAGUCACAGUGAUGUUUGGAUGGUCACAGGAGACCAUGCAGGCUACGUCAAAUACUGGCAGAGCAACAUGAAUAAUGUCAAAAUGUUCCAAGCUCACAAGGAACCUUUACGUGGAAUAAGUUUUUGUCCCAUGGACACAAAGUUUGCCACAUGCUCAGAUGAUGGUACUGUGAGGAUAUGGGAUUUUUUGAGGUGCCAUGAAGAGAAAAUUUUACGAGGACAUGGAGCAGAUGUGAAAUGCCUUGACUGGCAUCCCCAAAAAGCAUUGAUUGUAUCAGGAAGUAAAGACAGCCAACAACCAAUCAAACUGUGGGAUCCAAAGAUGGGACAAAGUCUUGCAACACUUCAUGCACACAAAAAUACAGUAACAGAAGUCAAAUGGAACAAGAAUGGAAACUGGCUUCUCACAGGAUCCAGAGACCAUCUUCUAAAACUUUUUGACAUUCGGAACAUGUCCCAAGAAGUGCAGACUUUCAGAGGGCAUAAAAAAGAAGCAAUAAGUCUAGCUUGGCAUCCUGUCCAUGAAAGCCUUUUUGUUAGUGGUGGCUCUGAGGGAUCCAUUAUGUUUUGGGUUGUUGGGGCUGACAAGGAAGUAGGUGGGAUGGAACAAGCACAUGAUUCAUGUGUCUGGUCACUAGCCUGGCACCCUCUUGGGCACAUCUUGUGUUCCGGAUCAAAUGAUCACACAAGUAAGUUCUGGACUCGAAACAGACCAGGUGACAGAAUGAGAGACAAGUACAAUCUUAACACCUUACCAAGAGGCCAAGACGAGGCUGCUGAAUAUGAUGAACCCAGUUCAAUAUCUACCAUACCUGGAAUGGGUCUAGAACAUGGUCUCCCAGAACACCUACGACCAGCAGAACAAGAACCAGAAGAAGAUACACCAACUAUUCCUGGAUUGGAUUUUGGUACAGAGGAGCUUUCUCAUUCAGAAAAACAGCAACAGCAGCAACAACAGAGAAAGAUUCCCCACACCAAACCUAUUCCCAAACACUUCCAGCAGCAGUGGAUGGAAAAUAAACAACCUCUGCUUCUAGCUCCACCUACAGAUGAUGUUGAUGAACUUGCUGACACAUCACAGAUCCAGACUUCAGAGCUAGGAAAUACUGUAUACCCACCACCAACAUCAACACCACCUGUUGGGCCUCCAAGUCAGCAUCAGAUUAUGCCACCUCCAGGGGGAAGCCCAAGCAGAGGGCGGAUUAUUUCCUUCAACCCAAGAUUUCCUUCUCCACUAGGAGGACAAGGCCAUUGGCCACCACAUCCAUUUCAUCCAAAUUCACAAAAACCAAGAGGUCCUCUCCUUGGUCCAAGGCCAGGUGUUCCACCCCGUCCACUUCUUCAGACACCACUACGACCACACUUGAAGCCACCAAACAUGCCAGAACCAUCUUCUCAAAUGGAGAAUCCUCUUUCAGCACAAGAUAUAAGAUCACAAAACAUGGAUGACAGAAAGAGCCAUGAUACAGACCAGAAUUUUAGAGACUUAGAUCACCGACAGUUGCCUCCACCAUCACAUGUUAUUCCACAGAAUACAGAGGGCGGUGAAUGGAAAUCAUAUGAUGAGCAUUUGGACCAGGACAUGCGCUCUCUGCAAGACAGGGACCUAAGAAAUCGUGAUGUAGACGACAGAGGGUUUGUAAACCCUCGAACUCCCAGUAAUCCACAGGACCCUUGGGGACAUCAAGGGAGUGGAAAUUAUUUUGAGGAAGCAGAUCAUGAUGAACGUCACAAUUUCCCUCCACCUCACAUCCUUCGAGAACAGAGAGGAAGGAUAGCAAGAGGUUGCUCUCCAAGGAAAGAUGGAGCACCGUAUCAUCCUUCUACUAACUUGAUAUAUCAAGAAGAGGACUGUGACAUGAGAUUUGCUCCUAAGGAUAGCGAUAUGCGUCAGUCUUCUGAUGUAGAUGAACGCCUCCCCACUUCAUCAGAUAGUUCUUAUCCUCUUGUUCACAAACGUUCAUGGCAUGAUGGACCAGGAGAAGAAAAUGGUAGCUACCCACCUGAACAUCAUUUAGGGGGACCUCCCCUUCCAAGUCUAAGGGGAGGAAGAGGUGGAUUUCCUCCACGAGGUGGGCUUCGGGGAGGUCGAAUGUUAAUGCCUAGAGGAGUUCCAAGAGGACAGGGUCCAUUUCGUGGCCCUAGGAGCCGUGGUGUAAUGCAAGGAAAUUUUCAGUGAAAGUUGGUAUUUGAGUUUGUAUUUUCAGUUUUGUGACACCAAUCGUGAGUAAUUGAAGUUUACAGUUUUUUGGAACUGACUGUGACUUCUCAUAAAGUGAAACAUUUCAGUGAAGGCCUUGCCUCUUAAUAAAACUUGAUGUUGAGAUAGUUUCAUAUACAAAAACUAUUGUUUCCAAAAAAUUGUGCAUUUUCCAUUUGUGACCAGAAGGACCAAAAUUGAGUGAAGAAUGACCUAUUCCUCAUAAUGUUUAGUGAAAAGAUUUCUUAAACUGAAUAAAGAAAUAAUGAGUGUUUAAAUGGAAA